ACAAAGUUCCCUGGUUCUUGCCUACAGGCUGGGCGCACGUAUGUAGCUGAAAGUCCAAAUGAGAAAACAUGUCUACCAGUUUUCCCCGAGAAACUGGAACGAGACGGUAACCGUCGCUGAAAGCCUGAAACUAUGGUGGGUGCAAGUUCAAACUGCAGAAACGAAGCAGCUGCAAUGCAAACGAGGACAUUUGGACAUCAUCCAAGCGCCCCACGCCUUGUCCGUCGGAGCUGGAGUUGGACCGGACCCUGUCCAAAGCAAUAAUGCACAAACGCCAUUAACAUUAUCUACCCAGCCAGCCAUUACUAGGCUCUUUCCGGGCCUUUAAAAUAGGUGUCCCUCCCGUCUCCACCUUCCUCCAAUAGUUGCGCUUCCACUUCCACAUCGGUAGCCAUCGCUGGCUGGCUCCAAGUACUGGACUCCCUCCUGAGUCGGGAGGAAGCAAUGGCGGCUGAGAGGAGGCAGCAGCAGCAGCAGCACGAGGGCGCGGUGGCAGCGGCGGAGCCGAGCGUGGCGCGGCGGCUGUGGCGCGUGGUGCGCGCCGUGCUGUACAUGCUGCGGCGGGGCCUGCCGUCGGGCCGCAAGCUCGGCAUGGACCUGCAGCUCCUCCUCCACCGCGGCAAGGUCGCGGGCGGCCGGUUCCUCGCCUCGGCCCAGCACGGCCGCCACGCCGCGGCCUUCUCGUCCCACGCCGGCGCCGGCGCCGGCGCGGGGGGUUCGUUCUCGUGCGGCGCGCUGGACCCGAGCGUGGCGGUGCACGAGCCCUCGCGCAGGCGGCGCGAGGUCGAGUUCAGCUGCAGCAACACGCCGUCGUCCGCCUCGGGCGUGGGGGGCCUCGGCCUCCUCGGCGCCGCCAGACGCCGCCGCCGACGCCGGCGGCAGCAGCAGCAGCAGCAGCGCGACGAGCCGGAGCCGGCGGCCGGCGGCAGCGGGUACCUGAUGCAGUACUACAGCUACGACGCGGCCGAGGUGGCGCGGGUGUUCGAGAUGCUCAGCGACGAGGACGAGGACGAGGACGUGGUCGACGUCGACGACCGCGGCCGGCUCUUCGGCGGCGACGCCGUGCGAGUGCCGGUGCCGGGCGCCUCCUCCGCGACGCCGUCACCCGCGCAGGCGCAGCUGCUGCGCCUGGUGGCGGCCGCGGGUACGGGCAGCAGGAAGCAGCAGCAGCAGCAGGCGCGCGUCGGCGUCGCCGCCGGGUCGUCGGCUUCGCCGGCGGACGGCGCCGCCCAGGUGGACCGGCGCGCGGACGAGUUCAUCCGGCGGUUCUACGAGCAGCUGCGCGCGCAGAGGAGCGCCGCGUCCACCCCCGACUGCUACGGCUACGGCGUGGGCGGGGCCAGCCCCUACGCCGCGCGCGCGCCGCGGCCCGUCACCGCCGGCAUCGCGUAGGGCCGCAGCAGCAGCACUACUUGCUUCACGUGUGGCUCACUGCGCGCGGCCCCGGGCUGUCAGUGGGGGGUGUGUGAGUGUGUCAACCAAGCUGCAUGAGCCACCCUCGCGUUCCCUCUCCCGGGUUCCGGGCCCGGCGAGUUGUGCACCCAACUCGAAACAGCUAAAAUCAUGUGCUCUUAUUGUCUCCCAUAAUCUUGCUUAAUCUACUCAGUAUUUCUGUUAGGUUGUAGAAUGAAAGGAGUUAAAUUAAUUAACGUGUGGCAUUCGUUAUUAGGAA